AUGAGCAUGGAAAAUCUGAAAAAAGAAAGUGCCUAUGCUUCCUUCGAUGCAGGCGCUCAAGCUUGCGAUCAGUUUUACCAAGAGUUCGAUAUGUUUAACAACCCGAACCUUGAAAUUAUUAUACAAAACCUUGACCAACAAGCUUAUCGAGAUCUUUGCUGCAGACUUGAAAGCUUAAGAAAUAGCUUGAUUAAGCUGGAGCCUUUCUUAGGCCCAGACAUAAGCAUUCCUAGGACUCAGAAUUGCUUAUAUUUGAUGUCCCAGACUACCAAUGAUGACAUUAGAAAACUCAGCAAAAGCUUGAGUAGCUCAAAUGGUUAUCUUUGUGUAAAGAAACCAAUUCAAGAAUAA